CUUGGUCCAGAAACAUUAAUUCCUCCCGUGCCUUGCUCCUCUGGGAUUCAAUUUUGCCGAAAACUUCUCUACUCCAAGUUGAUAUGUCUUUCUUCAGUAGUUUCAACUUUUGGACCAGGAUGUAUUCUGGAGUGCCUACAACUGAGUAGCUCUGCCACCACUCCUUGACUUUGUCAAGAAAACCUUCUACCUGCAGCCACAUGUUCUCGAAUUUGAAAUAGGUUGGGCUAGUCUCCCAUUCGCCAUUUUCAAGCAUGAUUGGUCUGUGAUCAGAUAUGACUUUGGGAAGAGCAAUUUGAGAUACUUUCUUGAAGCUAUCAUUCCAUUCUGGGGAGAUAAGGAAUCUGUCAAUUCUGGAUGCUUGAAGCAACUCCAUUAUCACCCCCCACUGUUACCACAUGAUUUUAAUUCUGCCCAACCUGUCCACCGAUUCCCCCAAACUUGAAGUGCCAGCCUAUUCGAACAGUCUUCUAUUUUAGUUUCCUGUAGGCAAAUUACAUCAGCUUUCCAUUUAUAAAGAAGGGACUUCAUUGUUUCCCUUUUCCCAGCACCACUCAACCCACACACGUUCCAACUCAAGACUUUUAACUUCAUCCAGAGAAGGAUUUGUAGUGCCUGCCCCUAUCUCGCUUGUCAUCUCCCUCAUAAUUUACUAGACAUUUUAAUUUUUCCAUCUCCUUCUCUUUCUUUGACUUCCCCUUCUUUGACGCCUGACUUCUCUGUUUUUGUUGCAGUGCUUAACUAUGCAGUGCUUAACUAUGAUUAGUUUUUCUUACACAAAAAACAAGCGAGCCCCAACUGUCUUAUUGUUCCUGCUGAUACUAAAAGGAUAACUUAGUUCUAUUGUGAUUCCAUUUUGUUAGUUUGGCAAUACAUUUCAUUUCUAUUUUAUUGAGUAUUAGGGCCAUUGUCUUGAUUCUAUUGUGAAAUAGAUCGAUGAAUUUGUCCUAAAAAAGGAGAUUCCUGCUCAAGUCAUUUUCCGUUUCAUGUUGAGGCAUAGUUGAUUGAUCGUUUAAUCUACCUAUUCUCGAUUUUCCAGAAUAAACGUUUAGUAGAUGAGUGAGGACGCGUGAUGAUGUAAUAAUGUUUUUAUUAUUGUUCUAGUAGGUUUCCUCUUCAUAGAAAUGUUCUACAGACUGCUUUCCACCCUUGCCCUUCUUGCUCUUUGUUGGUUCUUGUUUCCUUUGUCAAAAAGGGAUUGAUAAAUUGGAAGAAAAGAAAAAAGUACUUUUAAACUUAUUUUGCAUCACUUUUUAUGCUCUUCUGCUCCCAGGGACUGCAACGCUUCUUCACAGAGCAUAAAAUGACUUUGUCAAAGAUUGAUGACAUACUUCUAUCACGUGUCUGCUCAGAAACUGCUGGUGGACUCCCAGGUCUCUUAUUGACUUUGGCUGGGAUGGGCAAAGAAGGGAUGUCUGUCAAUUUAUGGGGUCCCCCGGAUCUCGAUCAGUUGGUUGAAGCAAUGAAAUCUUUCGUCCCAAAUGCUGCCAUGCUUUCUACAUGUAGUGUUCUCUCAAUGCAUGGAUCUGAUGAAGUUGCUACUGCUUCUUCAAUGAAGUUUGAUUAUCUUUAUGUUCCCAUUGUUGAUAAUGUUGUCAAUAUAUCUGCUGUUCUGUUGCGACCAUGUUGCUCGAAAGUGUGUGACUCAGUGAAGGAAGUUGCGUUAAAUCCUGAUGAGCUUUCGGUGGUUUAUAUUUGUGAGUUUCCAGAGAUCAAAGGGAAGUUCGAUCCAGAUAAGGCUGCUAAAUUUGGGGUGGAACCUGGGCCAAAAUAUGCUCAAUUGCAACGUGGAAAUUCAGUGCAGUCAGAUAACCUAGACAGCACCGAUAAUGCCGUGCAGGUUCACCCGUGUCAAGUUAUGGAGCCUUCUAUUCCCGGUCCUAUUGUGCUCCUUGUUGACUGCCCGACACUCUCUCAUCUGCAAGAAUUGUCAUCUUUACAGUCUCUUACUCCAUAUUACCUGAAUACAUCUGAGCAGCCCGUUGAAAUGGGCAAAAAAGUAAAUUGUUUGAUACACCUUAGCCCUGCAUCUGUAACAAAUACAACUGCAUAUGAGCAAUGGAUGACCAAAUUUGGUGGACAUGAGCCGAAGAAUAUUGAGAUUCCAAUUCUGAAGUCCAGUUCAAGAGUUGCUGCAAAACUUAACUACCUGUGCCCUCAAUUCUUUCCUGCUUCUGGUUUUUUGUCCCUUAAGCAAUUGAAUGGCCUACCAUCAGUCUCAAAGUUCCCAAGGGAGUUGUCUCCUCCUGCUUCAUGUCGGUUCAUUUAUGCGGAGAACCUUCUCAAGUUCAAUCUUCUUCCAUAUAAAGAUCUUGGAUUAGACAAUUCUGGUGUUCCUGCAACUACUUGUCGGACAGAAAUCAUAGAUGAGCUAAUUUCGAAAAUUCCAGAAAUUGUGAGUGCUUCUGAACAUAUUACCCAACUGUGGCAUGGGAACAAUGGAACAAAUGGAGGCACUCCAUUACCUAGCUGUUUGGAAGGUAUAACAAGAGAGGAUAUGGAGAUUGUUGUUCUUGGAACUGGUUCAUCGCAGCCUUCAAAAUACCGAAAUGUUAGUUCUAUUUUUAUUAAUCUUUUCUCAAAGGGAAGUAUUCUGUUAGAUUGUGGUGAAGGAACACUGGGACAGCUAAAAAGAAGAUUUGGUGUUGAAGGUGCUGAUGAAGCUGUAAAAGGUUUAAGGUCUAUUUGGAUUUCUCAUAUUCAUGCGGAUCAUCAUGCUGGCCUUACAAGAAUUCUUACUCUGAGACGUGAUUUGCUCAAUGAAACUCCCCAUGAACCUUUAAUUGUUGUAGGUCCUCAGAAACUUGAGAUAUUUCUUGAUUGGUACCAAAUGCUCGAGGAUCUAGAUAUGCAGUUCCUUGAUUGUAGGGAUACCACAGAAUCUUCGUGGAAGGCUUUUGAGUCGAACGAAGACAAUGAUGCUAAUGGGAGUGCGAGCAGGCUAAAGAACAUACUCAGAGAAGCAGGACUGACGACGUUGAAUAGUGUUCCCGUUAUUCACUGUCCACAAGCUUAUGGAAUUGUCCUGAAGUCCGCUGAUAGGACUAAUGUUACUGGGAAGACGAUACCAGGUUGGAAGAUUGUUUACUCUGGUGACACCAGGCCUUGUCCUGAACUGGUUGAAGCCUCUCGUGGAGCAACAGUUCUCAUACAUGAGGCUACCUUUGAAGAUGGUAUGGUGGAAGAGGCUAUAGCGAAAAAUCACAGCACAAUGGGGGAAGCUGUUGAUGCAGGGGACGCUGCUGGAGCAUAUCGCGUCAUCCUCACUCACUCCAGCCAAAGAUACCCUAAAAUUCCAGUAUUUGAUGAAACCUACAUGCACAAAGCAUGCGUUGCUUUUGAUCUGAUGAGCGUUAACUUAGCUGACCUGCCCAUGCUUCCAAGAGUUCUUCCAUAUCUUAAACUCCUGUUUCGUGAUGAAAUAGUUGUUCAUGAAUCUGAUGAUGGUGAUGAUGUCAAUUCUGCUAUAGCGGAGGUUUAAAUAGCACUUUUUAUGGCAACCAUUUUUUAAUUAUUUAUUACAGGAGCGCCUUCAUAGACUUUUCAAUUUUUCCAGUCCAAGUUGCCUUUUUCUCCUUCAGUUUAA